UCGUGGUGGUGGUAAUGGUGGUUGGUGUGUGCUAUUGCUGGUGCUGCUGGCUGGAGUCGAGUGGAGUGGAGUGCCCCAGUGCUCAUCUUUUUGUAAAAUGCUCGAUGUGCCCGGUGUAUGCAACAGCCAGCGACGAGCCACAACCAGUAGUUGCUGUAACUCAAGUGCGCGUGCGUGACGUUUUUAUGUUUAUGUUCGCGUUUCUUUUGUUUUGCGCAAAAACAAAACUCGUUGUCAUCGUCGUCGUCGUUUUUAACGUUUCUGGUUUUGUGCAACACACAAAAGCCCAAAAAGCCGUCGCGAGUUCUACUUAAGGUUUUUGCAAAUUGCGAAAAAAAUGAAAUAGGGGAAACUUUGAAGUGAUUGUGCGAACAAAUUGUGAAAGAAUUUCAUUCACAAAGCGUUUUAAUGAGAAAUAUUUUUAAAGUUUGAUUUAAAUUUAUGAAAUUUCAAAAUGAGAUUUUAAAUAUGCAAAUGUAUUCACUUUUGAAUAAAAUGAAAAAUUACGAAAAUACUUACAUUGCAAAUACGAUGAUGUUUGGAUUAUGAGUUUGCUGAAAGUGAAAGAAAUGGAAAUGUUUAUUUAAAAAAAAAACAAUGGAUUUAACUUAAAAUGGUUUUAAAUACGUUAUUGGAAUAGCACAAAGGAAGGACUUCACAUUAACAUUUUAAAUAAAAUACCAAACUGUAAUUUCAUUAUCAAAUACCAACUGCCUUUCCGCAUGAAAUCAUCAUAGCGCAUUGUGAUUAUGCCUAUAUUGCUUCUGAAUACGCCAACAUACUCGACGAACAUAACGCAAAACGUUAUGUUACUGGAAUAUAAUAAUUGCUUAAUUAAAAAUAGACUGUUAGCAAUCAAUCAUCAUCAGCACGCCAAUCCUGUUGCCGCCGAACAACAAAUUGAAACUUGCCAAUCUACAAAGAUGUCAACACCUUCGGCGACGGGAGCUAAAUAUAAAACAACAACAGCAACGACAGCAGCAGUAGCAACGACAGCAACCACACCGGAGACGAAUGAAAUAACAAGAAGCGCCUUGGAGGCAGCUAAUAUGUACUUGCAACAACAGCAGCAGCAACAAUUUCAACGUCAACAACUUCAUCAUCAACAACAGCAGCAACAACAACACCAGCAUCAGCAGCAACAACAUUUGUUGAUGCAACAACACAUGUUGCAACAAAAUCUAUUGUCAGCCGCCAAUUCAACAUCACCUCUGCAACAUUUGAAUAAUAUUUUUGGUUUGAAUUUUAAUCCAGCCCUGCAAAACUCUCCUUCCCAAUUAGCCACGGUACCCUCGCCGGCCGCAACAAUGCCUCUAGCCGCCUCCUCCAUUUUCCACAUACAAAAUAAUUUACAACAUCUGCUGGCCGGUAUUGCUCCGCAACAGCAACAACAAUUCAAUCAACUCUAUCAGGAAUUCUAUGGCAACAUGUUGCCGCAACAUUAUCACGAACAGCAAAUGUUGCGUGAGCUGAUAGCGGCAACAUCAACGGCCCAGACGGAUAUACUUCCGGUUAAUAGCAUGAUUAAAUGUGAAACACCCAUGGCAACGACAACAACAAACACAUUGUCUCAAGACACAGCACCACCACCAACACUUUUGGCCACCCGAGUUGCUGGUGGUGUGACAAACAUGCUGCUGGACGAUGAGGUGGUCGAGGACAACCUUCCUGGUGGUGGUGGCAAUACACCAAAGACCGGUGGUGAUAACGAUGCUCAUGGCGGUGAUAUUGACGGUGGUGCCAUUGGCGGCAUUGCUCCCAAUCAUAACGAUUGUAGCAGCGGCAUCGGUAAUAUGGCUUCAUUAGAGCAACAACAUAAUGAGACAACGCACGCCAACCAACAUCAACACCACAACCAGCCCCACAGCCACCAUCAGCCGACCAGUCAAUACCAGUUGAGCCAGCCACCACACAAACAAUACCAACAACAGCUGGGUAAUAACAAAUUGCCCAAAGCACAGUCGGCCACCUCACACCAAACAACAAGAGUACCGACAACCACACCAAUAACAACAACAGCAACAACAAACAGAGAACCACAACCAUCAACAUCAGGUCUGGCUUUGGCCAACAACCAACCGCCUGAUUUGUCGGAAGCUGACAUUAAAAGUGACGUUGCCGGUGGUGGUGGUGGCGGUGUUGAAGUUACUAGGUCUGAUAUCGGUCGUGGUAAUGCAUCAUCAGUGACACUUCAGACACCUGUUAAUAACACAGCAACAUUAACAGCAACAACAACAAGUGGAACGACAACAACAACUUCCAACGUCGGGAAAUUGGGUUUUGAGGCAUCUGAUGGUCUUGAAAAAUGUUUCAAAACUCACUUAAUGCCCUACAAAAAUAAUUAA